UGUAAUGCAUUUUAGCCUUGCUUGUUUUACACCCAUCCCAGCAGGGCAAAAAGACUCCCGGCUGAGACAAACUCAUUCGGGGCUUUAAACCCGGGUUUGGUGACGUCAAUGCUAGGGACUAUACAGCCUGGUUGACGCGACCCACGUGACUACACAUGGAAAAUAUUGGAGAGUUGGUGUGAACCAGGCUAGGAUCAGUAGUUUACAGGAAGGAUACAAGUUAUUUUAAUUCUAACCGUUUUCCUUCUUUUCGGCGGUUCAGGUGUAUGCACAUGGCUGAUUAUUUAAAGGGACUACGCUGAACAAGAGAAAACGGUUUUGUUUCGGGAACAUCAACGCGCCCUAACUGUGCUCUUACUGCUGUAAUUUGAUAUAGACUACAUAAAUUGUUAUUUCCCUUUAUUUCUGAAUGUCUGUAUGGAGUCAAAGUCCUAAUUUGGCGCUGGUGUAGUUAAAGGCUAUGUGGCGUGGUCGUGUAGCAUUCCAAAACAAUGUUUCCCAAUAAGCCUGCCUUUCCUGUCGGAAGCUUGGAGAGUUGAGGAGAGAGUCGAGCCCCCGAACAUGAUCUCACGGGGCGGGAAUGCGAGGAGCCAUGAGCUGGUCGGGUUCCCACCGCGGGUUGAGCUGCUCUGGGUCCGGGAUUAACCUGCUCUAUCUCUCGCUGCUGCUCUGGAGCUCCUGCUCUGGCAUGGACGGACUGGCUGAUUUCUCAAACUACCUGUCUCGGAUCAUUACCAGUCACUCUGUGCAUGCGUGCGACGGGCAGCAGUUGCGUCUCUACUGUCCACGCCACUCCACCAUCUCGAUCCAGUCGGCGUUUUACGGACGUGCCGACGCACGGCUCUGCACCAACGAAAACGUGACAGCUGCGGGCGUCAGCGCAGGAAACCACAGCUGUUCUGCGUUUACUACCCUACAGAAGUUACUGUCAGACUGUCAGAGCUACAGAGACUGUCAGCUACCUGUCAAUCACCUGGUGUUUUCUGUAGAAGUUACUGUCAGAGCCACAGAGACUAAGUUACUGUCAGAGUGUCAGAGCUACAGAGACUGUCAGCUACCUGUCAAUCACCUGGUGUUUGGGCCCGACCCCUGUCCUGGGACCAUCAAGUACCUCCACGUAAUCUACAAGUGUAAACCUACUGAGCAUAAGAUCAGUGUGGUGUGUGAAGGGGAGAAGUUGACACUACGCUGUAAGCCCCCCAGAGUGCUGAUCAUCUAUACAGCUGCUUACGGUAGGGGUCUGGGUCACACCUGUCCCUCACAGCACAGAGGAAUACCCCCGUUUGAGUGUUUGAACCACAAUGCGGUUCACACGCUGUCACAGAGCUGCUACAGCAAACAGAGGUGUGUUGUCGCCGUCGACAACCAGACCUUCAGAGACCCCUGCUACCCUGGAACCAGGAAGUACCUGACUGUACUCUACUCCUGUGUACCACAGACGUUACUGCAGGAAGCAGACCCAGGCGUACUACUCAGACCCACCUCACAUUCCAAAGCUCCCCCAGGUCCUCCCCCAGCUCCCCCCGGUCAUCCACCAGGCCCUCCCCCCGGUCCUCCCCCAGCUCCCUCCAGUCCUCCCCCAGGCCCUCCCCCAGGUCCUCCCCCAGCCCACCCUGGUCCUGCAGACGUGGCUGUCUAUCCUAAAGGCUCCAGAACACCAGGAAACACAGGAGUCAUGAUGAGCAACUCAGUUAUGACCUACUCCUAUAUUAAAGAGCACCCAGAGACUGCAGCGCUGCUGUUCACCUCCAGUGUGUGUGUUGGUCUGCUGCUCACCCUGCUGGCUGUGUCUGUCAGACUGACCUGUAGGGGGCUCCGCCACACACACACACACAGGAGCCAGGAAGAGGAAGAGGAGGAGGAGGAUGAUGAGGAGGAGAAAACAGACUGCUCGCUGCUGUCGGACUCAGACAGGCAGCUGGACUACUGCUGGGAGGAAGUGAGCUACAGGACGGCGGAUGCGGAGAGGGUAGAGCGCAUGGAGAGGAGGGACAUGGUGAUCCAGGAGAUCUGGAUGAACUCUUAUCUCUAUGGGGUGUCCUGUGAUCUGGACUAGACUCCUUAUUUACCACUCAGUAACACACAGCUGGAGAAACAGGACCAGACUCCUUAUUUACCACUCAGUUACACACAGCUGGAGUAGGUUUUAGGUUUUAUUUAUUCACACCUAAGAAAACAUGUUAAAAGACAAAACAGUGCAGAUAACAAAAUCAUAUAAAAACGGUGUGCAGAUAUGAAAACCACACCUCAAUAACAAUAUACAAUUAAGUACAAAAAGUGUUUAAUUAGUUUAAACAGAGCAUACUAGUUAUAUAAUUGUACAUUAUAUACUCAGUGUACAAGAAAAACAAAACAUGUUUUGAUUAUGUGUGUGAGAGAGUUCGGUUACAAGGAGGGGAUUACUGGGUAGUCUGGUUCAUCAGGCUGACCCCUAGUCUACGCUCGAAGUUGUUGAGGGAUGUUUUGGUCAUGUGGAUAUAGGAAUUCCAGAGGAUGGUAGAGAAUUUACUAUGGUUGUAUGCACGGAUUUGGGAAUUAACCUGGAAGAAUACAUUGAAGAGUUUAGGUAGGUUGUCUGGGAGGUAUGUGUAUUUUGUAGAUGAAGGUGAACAAUUGGGAGUAUAUUAAAUGUUGUAGUUGAAAAGACAAUAUAUUGAGUUUUUUAAACAGAGGGGGCAGAUGGAGCCAAAUAGUUAAGAGGUGGUGGCUAGUCUUGCAAAUGUAUUUUGUGUGAUUAGUCAUGUGUGUAGGUAGGAAGCAUAUGCACUGGUCCAGACAAUAUCGCAAUUAGAUGAUAAAGGCAAAUUAAGCUGAACCAAAAAACCCACUCAUCUUUCUGAUGAUACCUUACGGACUUCACCGCUUUGCUGCAGACAAAGUGAAUAUGAUCUUUCCAGGUCAACUUUUCAUCAACUAGUACACCUAUGAAUCUAGUAGAUGAAACCUGGCCCAUUUCAUUCCAUUUUGUGAUUCUGGCUCUUUUUCUAUGUAUACAUUUACAUAUGUUAUAUUAGUUCUAAUUCUUACCUGUGAAUACAAUGUAGUGGGGAUUUAUCAACCUUUAAAGAUCAUUUGUUUAUCUGGAACCAUUCGGAAAAUAUGGCCACGCAUGAGUUGGCUUCAUUGAUUAGUGAAUUAAAAUUUUUGUGUGAUAAAAUCAAGUUGGUAUCAUCGGCAAAAAAAGAAUGGGAAGUACGGUAGAAGACACAGCAGCAAGGUCAUUGAUAUAGAUUAUCAAUGACAAAGGUCCAAGGAUCGCCACCCGGUGGAACGCCACAUGAUGUCUUCACCCUGGUAGAUGCACAACCAUUUGCAUACAGAAAUUGUUCUCUAUCAUAAACAUAAUUAAAUAGCCAUUUAUAUGUAUAAUCAUGACAACCGUAACAAUGCAAUUUAGCGAGUAAUAUUUCACGAUCAACCGUGUAAAACACUCUGGAUAAAUCUAGAAAGAUGCCAAGAGCGUAUUCGUUGUUUUUCAGGGUAUAGGGUAUUUUCUGUAUUUUAUUAGGAUCCCCAUUAGCUGUUGAGAAAGCAGCAGCUACUCUUCCUGGGGUC